UGAAAAUCUGUGACUGGAAGUAGUGUUGUUGUUGCCGAAGGCGGAACUAAGUCAUGAUGUCUGUGUUGUAGAGUAACAGUAGCACUGCUGGCCUGUAGCUACAUUUUAGCUCCUGUAAAUGUUGUAGUUUUUAUCUAGGUUGAUUUUAUAUCUCUGUAAUCAUGAACAGGACUCAGCUGAAACGCUCCAGUAUCUUGAGGAUGGCUCUCUCCGGAACGGACGCGAUGGACCAGGAGGAACAUGGAGAGACAUUCAUACUCCGAGCUGUAAAGAUUGCGGCUGUGGUGGCACUGUACUGGUUUGUCUCAAUAACUAUGGUGUUCCUCAACAACUAUCUGCUGGAUAACAGAGACUUGGAGGCACCUUUGUUCGUCACUUUCUUCCAGUGUUUGGUGACCGUGGGACUGUGCUGGGUCAUGCAGCUGCUGGCCAAACUGUGCCCAGGAGUCAUCGACUUUCCCACGGUCAAAUUCGACACGAAGACGUCCAGAGAGGUGCUCCCUCUGUCCGUCGUGUUCAUCUGCAUGAUCACCUUCAACAACCUGUGCCUGAUGUAUGUCGGAGUGGCCUUUUACACGGUCGGACGAUCACUCAGCACAGUUUUUAAUGUGCUGUUAUCGUACAUCAUCCUGAAACAAACCACGUCGAUGCAUGCCCUGCUCUGCUGUGGGGUCAUACUAGGCGGAUUCUGGCUCGGUGUCGAUCAGGAGGGCGUGGCAGGCUCCCUCUCCUGGACAGGCGUCUUCUUUGGGGUGCUGGCCAGCGCUUUUGUCUCCCUGAACGCCAUCUACACCAAGAAGGUGAUGCCAGCAGUGGAUGGCAACAUCUGGAAACUGUCCUACUACAACAACAUUAACGCAUGUGUCCUCUUUGUCCCGCUCAUCCUCGUGUUCGGAGAGUUGGGCCGACUCGGCAGCUUCAGCCGUCUCAAUGACCCCGGGUUUUGGGGCAUGAUGACGCUGGGAGGAGUGUUUGGUUUUGCCAUUGGCUACGUUACAGGCUUGCAGAUCAAGUUUACCAGUCCACUCACACAUAAUGUCUCAGGGACUGCAAAGGCCUGUGCACAGACUGUUAUUGCAGUGGUGUACAACUCUUCCAGUAAAAGCAUGCUGUGGUGGACUAGUAACCUGAUGGUUCUUGUGGGCUCAUCAGCCUACACAUGGGUUAAAAGUUUAGAAAUGAAGAAGACUCCUGCUAAAGACCCUCAGGACUCAGCCAAAGAAAAACUGCUGCCAGAGAAAGGCGACCUGGGAGUAUAACUGUAAAAACAGAGGCUGAGAAACCUUCAGCUUUCAGCCAUGUGGCGUCAGAAUGUGAAUAAUGUCACAGUGAGACUUUGACAGAUUAUGUUCUAUACGAGGAAUCAGGAACAUUGGUUGCUUUGAUAACCUUGUCGUUUUAUACAGUCUGACUGAGGUCUUGAAGGAUUUUGUACAUAUCAUUAUUUAAAGUUAUUCAGAUGUAUUUGGGGCCUUUAUACUAGUGUUUUUAAAAUAAUGUCUUUUAUGGUGCAGUGUACAAGUGAAGGAAAAUAAUCAUGGUUUUAUUUACAUUGGGGAGGGGAGGUUAUUUACUCAGAUUGAGCGUGGUGAUAUUGAAACUUUUUUACCGCUACAAGCCAUUUUUAUGAAUGUGUGUCAGUAUCUUUUAAAUGUUUUAGGAUAGCCUUUGACAACGGGAACAUGAGGAUCUACAAUACUGUGCUGUGAACAAAAGAUGCAACAGAAGAGGAAAUCAUAACCUUGUUUUGUUGAGAAUGACAUACUAAAGGUUUUUAUUUAUGUCCAAAGAAAUCAGGGGUUUUAACUUGAGCCGUCAGAAACUCUCAUUAUUUGGUUCUGAACUAAAACAAAUGAUACGUCUUAAAGAGAAAUGGAGAAAUAAAAUGAAUGCAGCUCAAAGAAGAUGUGGUAUGAGCUAACAGAGAGGCCUGAUGGAGUUUUCACAGAUAUGUUUCUCAUGUUUUGAGUGUUCAUUCACAUAUCAGGGAAUUGUAUGACAGUAACAAAGCUGAGAAGUCUCUGUUUGCACUUGUCAUUCUGUCCUAAAUGAAAGUAUGUCAUAUCAGGUUCUUCUGUACAGCCUGAAAAUGUUUGGGGAGAACAUUAUCUGUGUUCAAAGCCAGCUUUUUAAAAGGUCUUGUAACAUUUUAUUUAAACAGAAACAGAGAAAGUGAGCUUGUACUGCAGAGAAUAUUAAAUAAGGUGUACUAUUCAA